AAAUGUGCUAGAAAUCCUCGUAUUUAUUAUUUUGUAUGCGUUAUGUGAGGUCUGGUGUAUUCUUGACAUGUUCGACCUUUCAGUUUUGGAUUAGGCCUACAUGUAGUUGAAAUGUAAACCUGGGAAAGGCCAUGUGCAGGCCUGAACCCGGGGUUUCACGGCUCACCGUCCUUCGUGCACCUUUAAGCAGCAGUACUGCAUCAUGACCAUUGAUGGUCACAUCCUCCAUGAUGUGACCUAUGCCAUCACGUCCAGGACCUUUCAUUGUAAUUGCUGUCCUUUUUGGAAUGUGGGAAAUGUUGGGGAAACACCAGGAAGUAAUUUUGUAUGUUGUCGACAAACUCUGCCCUUGUGUUUCAUGAAAAAUGAAAAUACACACUUGGGAUGUGGAAUUGAAACGUCAUCGUUGAAAGAUUGCUGUUAGUCUUUGACUCCCUAGGGAAAAAGUUGAGUCUACAAAAAAUUCCAUUAAACAUGAGGGCUGUUCGCCAAGCAUCCUUGCUAAGAGGGCAGUGUGUGGACAGACUCAGCAUGGUGAUUGUUACCGUUGCGUUGGUUUCCUGUCUAUCCUGUGAAGCAGCAGUGCAGACAAAAAUGAAACAACCUUUCUUAAGCAAGAAUGAUGCUGUUGAUGUGCAAGUGACAGUUAAUACGAAGGACAUCAUCCACGUCACAGACAAAAGGUUUCUUUCUGUGGCCUUCACGAUAGGGGACUUACGCAAGCACUGGCAAGAUGACCACCUUCAGUUGAGACAACUGCAUACUCUCGGUGAGGGUCUGUCUCCUUCCUUUUUACGCUUGGGAGGAAGUCGGGCCAAUUUUGCAUUCUUCAAGCAAACUUCCCUGGAUGCAGAGCAACUCAAAUUCAAAAAUUUCACAUUCACAGGUGGAGACUGGGAUGAAAUCAAUAAUUUCAGUCGCUCGUUGGGCUGGGAUCUCAUCUUUGACAUCAAUGAAUUCCUGCGGACAAAUGGCCAGUGGGACCCAACCAACUUCAAAACAUUACUGGAUUACAACACAGCGAUGAACUACACAGUGCCGGUCUGGCAGAUGGGAAAUGAACCCAAUGCCUAUCAACACUCAGAGGGAGUGACCAUCACCGCCCCUCAAGUGGCUGCAGACUACAUCAAGUUGAGAGCUCUCCUCAACGCCAGAAAGCAGUACGCAGAUGCCCUCAUCAUUGGCCCAGAUGUCACGCAGCCACGACACUUGCUGGGAUUCUCUGCGGUCAAGUUCUUGCAGGGAUUCCUGUCGAAGUGUGGGGAUUGCACCAAUGUGACCACCUUCCAUAGCUACUACCUGUCCUCCCGCACGGCCAAGCUGGAUGACUUCAUCAAUCCCACCACCCUCGACGUCCUGAGGGGCGAGAUCAGAGCGAUAAGGAACAUUGUCAGGCAGUAUCGUCCGCAGUCAACUCCCAGGAUCUGGCUGACGGAGACAGGAGAUUCUGUCCCCGGGGGUGUGUCAGGAAUAUCAGAUCGAUAUGUUGGUGGUUUUCCGUUUCUGGACAAGUUGGGAGUGAGUGCUCAGGAGGGCUUGGAAGCCAUCAUGAAACAGCAGUUCAUUGGCAGGUUCAUUGGCCUUGUCAACAACUCCAACAUAGAGCCCCGACCUGCAUACUGGGUGGCAUAUCUUCACAAGAAACUUGUGGGACAGCGAGUGUUGAAUGUGACAAUAGACCAAGGUGGGAGCAGUCUGCGCAUCUAUGCCCACUGCAGCCAAACAAGAAAUUCAAGAUACAGACCUGGAGAUGUUACCAUCCUCGCCCUGAACCUGGACAAAACAAAGGGAAUACGGCUGAGUUUACAAGGUAGUCUGGCAGAGAAGACCAUCGAAGAGUACUCACUGACACCAUAUGGGGAUGAUGGUCUGCAUGCGAGAUACGUCAGUUUGAAUGGCAUCAAGCUCGACUUGACCAAUGAUAUGAACCUCCCCAAAUUGAAGCCACACCCCCUCGUGCACCCAUCCACAGUCAUGCUUCCCCCUCUCCGCUACGGUUUCUAUGUCAUAACAGGCUCAGCUGUAAGAGCCUGUAUGUGAGUACUGCUUACAGAUAACUUUGAGAGUUGAUUUUUGUGUGCAUGCCUUCCGUUAUUGAUGAGAAGUAUUGCCCAUCUUGAGCUCUGUAUGUGAGAAUGACAGUCCAGUGUCAAAGCAUACUGUUUUACGUACCUUUUUUUCUGCAUUAAUUCUUGGCCAGCGAUGGAAAUUUGGACGGUUUACUCAUUUGUAAUUUUAAAGCCACAUUUGUACUGGACUGAAAAUUGUAAAUUUUAUCACAAGUGUUCGUUCGCAUUCGAUCAUAGUUUUUCUUCUGUGCGCCCACCUGUGGAUUAUAGAGGCCAGCAGAAAGUCCCAUGGCCACCAUAAACCUGUAGUUGCAUGUCAUGUCACGAUCACAUGAGGACGCCCUGCUAUUGACUGUAAUCAGCCACUAGAUGUGGUUUGAUAACAGCGUCUGUAAGGUUCAAAAGCACAGUGAAGUAGCCAAUGAAGUACAAUUCGAACACUGGCUUAAUGUUUGUUUUUUAACCUUCUAAGGAAUUAGCCAACAACUCGGGCGUGCAUUGCGGGAAACCAUAUUAAAAAUGUCCACCGUUGCAUAUUACAAACUGUAGACAUUGAGUAUUGGCAGAAAACGUACCAUUGAGAAUCGUGUAUACUAAAUUAUUCAUGAGUGUUGUUGUUUGUGUACCAAGUUCAACUGGACUGAGGGGUUAUGGGCAUAAACGUAAGGCCCAGAUUUUAAAAUCUAGGUCUCUUUUGAAUAUUUGUGUUAACAGAUCUGAAAUUUUUCUUUGUAAAAUGGUUAAAAUACAGAUGUCUCAUUCAAAAUGCAAUGAUUUGUUGUAUUUUUUUGGUAUUGAUGUGCAGACUUCGGACAGGUUAAUUUUUGCAGUAUUGGCUAAUACAUGUACAUGUCCAGUGUAAUCUCUGUAUAUUUUGCAAGAAUAUCCUUUUUUUUAUAUCCAGGAAAAGCUGUUUAAGUGGUGUUAUUCUCUAAAAGAUAAAUCAGCAUGAAUUGGUAUUGCCUGAGGUUUUGUUUAUAUGUACCCCAACCUAACAAAUGAACCUGUAAGUUGCUAAAUAAAAAUAAUGAAAAUUUAUAGAGCGCCGGUAUCCGCCAUGAACGGCACUCAUGGUGCUAAUUAACAAAGGCAUGUUUGGGUUACAGACCAUGAACAGAAUCUUGCACUCUGUCAGUCAGUAGGACCCCUCAACAUUUUUUGCCUAUGUAGCAGCCAUUUUCAUCAAGAUACGGAAUUGAGUGAUGUCCCAAAACAAAACAGCUCAAUUUGCUCUUUCUAAUGCAAGAUAAGAUAAAAUUUCUGGAAAAACAGCCGGAAGAUAACUUUUGCAAGAUUUGAUCACAUAUACAGAGCAAUUAUCUCAUGUCAUGGAGACAAUUUUGAUAAAAUAAUGAAAAUUGUAUGUGUAUUUUCAUAAUGCAGAAUGAAUUUCGUACAUUGGUUGAAUUCGUUAGAAUCACGGCUGCGCUAGCUGGAGUAAGAUUACAGUAUUGUAAUUCAAGGGGCUUUGCAAUUUUCAAUCUUACCUUUCAGGUCACUAGUUUAUAGAAUGAAUUUCAUCAAUUCUAUUUAUUCUUUACCACUCACAGAUGUUCUAGCUGGAGUACAGUUGGCCUAUAAUAAUUUGAGGAUGCUUUAAAAUAUUCAGUCAUACUUCGUAAGUCAGUGUGUCAUAAUUGGUUUUUGUAAUGUCGCACUGUGCUUGACAGAAAAGUUGAUGUGGCAAUUUGGAGUGUGCAUUUCUGUAAUAUGCUCCGUUACUUUUGAUCCUGCAUUCCAAUGGGGACUUCUACCAGAUCUCUUUCUUUGUCUUUCAAAAUCUACCAGGAGGUUUUGGAGGAGCGCUUAACUGUUAAUCACUUCACAUGAACCUUGAUGCCCGUGUUGUUGGCUGUUUAGUCCCUUUUGUGGUUUGGGGGAUAUGGUGAUCAGGGGCUUGGACCUGGGGGUUUUUCUGAGGACUGACCGAGCUGUCAGUAUCUUAUCUUCCAAGGAAAGUGUGUUCACCGAUCAGGUGUAAACGGGUCAGCUAGGUCUGAGUAUGUACCGGGUGUCAUUGAGGUAGAAAACAUGAAACAGGGCCAGAUUCAUUCGCCACAACUCUCCUCAUCCUUUGGACUAGAUUUUGCCCGCUGUCUUUGUGUUCCCAGAGGCUCCAUGCCUUUCUUGUUAACCUCUUUGUCUUGAUAAUCUCUCUCUUCCUUCAUGGACUCUUGUGUCUGGGCUGGACACAGCCGUGGGAGAAGUCCAUCACUUGACAACUGCUCCCAUGGGAGGAAGAAACAUCUGACAUGCAUUUGAGUUUUGCAGCAUAUCCCUGUGGCUGUCUUUAGUCAGACGGUGCUGGAAACUGCGUUAAUUGUUCUGGGAUUUUGGAGGUAAAAUAAGUUAUUAAACUGCGGUUUCAGUCUCUAGUAUUCAAGAAUGUUUUGUUGGUUGAUUAGGGGUGCUGGGGGAUAUUUCUUAAAGUUGACAUACUUUCAGCUUAGGUCAGGUUUUCCCGAAACUGGAUGUGAUAUUAGUUUCAGCUUGGCUGUAUAAUUUGAUGGAUGGUGGUUUUAAAAACUGUGAGCAUUGUUUUCAUGCCACUGUCAAGCUGGGUCCUGGUGAUGGACGCCAACUCUUAGCUUAGGUCGUAGCGUUGAUCUAGUCGUCACCUUCCAGCUCUUUCCCGGGUGCACUCGUAGAUGGAAGUAGGCAUUUAUUGGGAAACCAAGACUGCUGCGUUUGUGAUUUUCCAGGGCUACAGUGUUACAGGCUGAAAUAGAUCAAAUAUGUUUAUCACAAGUAGCAACAGGCAGGUGUAACUCUCGGAACAGUUUAAAUUCUUUUAAGGGAAUGAACACCAUCAUACAUUUUCUGGUCACCAAGGCGGUGAUGUCACUUUUUUUUUCUUUUUUUUCUUCUUUUGGUCAGGUAUAAAUCACUCCUCAAGGCUCAUAUGGCCUCUCAUGGCAUUGUGGACCAAGUAUGUACAACCUUUUUCCAUAUUUUCAUCAAUUCCCUUUUUGAAAAGGGAGUAUUCGUUCCUGAAAUUUAACGUCAAAGCUCUUUGGGAAAUACUAAAAACUGCUGUAAACUGCUCACUGACUACAGUGACCUUAAAUAUACAAAUUGCAAAUGUCAGAGGACCUGAAGGUUUUAUCCUAGUUGAAGCUUUCUCUCAAGCAAAAUGUACAAGUGUUUUUUGCAGUAUUAUUUGUGAAAUCUAGUCUUUCUUAUGUCUAUUUUUCAAUGAGUCGUCAGACUUCUUUUGAACUGUCUUUCUUCAUUUUUUAUGAAAGCCGGAGAUGGUAGGACCGGGUUUAGUCAGCAAUUUAAAAUACGCUGACAAGGACAGCUCCAGAGCCGUUCUUGGGGGGCCGAGCAAAUUUUGUUCAAGGGGACCAUAAACUAUGGAGGCUGAGUUUUGAGUAUUUUUGCAUGUUUUUGUACAGUGGAGGGAAAUGAAAAUGUUGACCAAACAUUUCCCUUUUGGGGCGUGGCCCUAUUUCCUACCCACCCCCAUCCAUCAGUGUUGUCCGAAAGUGGUGCAUUGUACAUUUUGUUUACAUUGCCACCCAUUCCUCAUAAAAAAAUCAAGAGGUUUUUUUUUUGAGAGUAAAAUGAAAGGCAAAGAUAGUUGUUUUUGUGUAUUGUAGAAGACCCCUUUUAAACACUGGUGCACACAGGCCACUUCAGCUUGCUGGGCUGAGGAACAAUCGACAAGCAAAAACUUGUCUACAUUAGUUCCUUGUCAGUGAAGUUGUCUGACAUUUCACCACAUUGCAAUAAUGCAGAUGCAGUUAUAAUACAUGUACACAGUUCUUUAUGUGCAUAGCAGAGUACAGUGCAGAAAGUUAAGGUCCGCAAAAGGACAGAAUUUGAUCUCUGGUUUAAUUGUUCUCGGUUCUUUUUUUUUUCACUUUGAUGCGUAUCGUCAUCAUACACCGCGCUGGUGCCAAAGGUUACGGACAGCUUUUGACACUCAUAUCUCUCAGUUGAAACUAUAUAUUUAUAGCUGACACUUUCAUGAGAUCAAGUUUGCAUCGAAUGAGCCGAAUUCAACUUUGUCACUUCAGAAACGUUAUCUGUCUUGCUCAGCGAGGUAAUACAAACAAAGCGAUCGUGUACGGAUGGAAUGAAUUAUAUUAAUUUAAUGACCAUUUGAAUUCUUCACGGUUUUACUGAUCGCACCUCCAGCUCCAACGAUGUGUGAGUUACCAUGAAAUCGCAUGCACCGUCCACGUGCAGAAGAAUCCUCCGUUAUUUACUUCAUUUGUUGAGGAACAGCGUCAGUAGGGACUUAGUGGAGUAUCCGUUAAUUCACUGGAAUCAUCUUUUGUUUAGGGGGCGUGGGUAUUAGGUAAUAUCACACUUAUUAUGGGGAUGUAAAAUUAUUUUUUAUUUAUGUGAAUUUAUCCUGGCAAAAUUAUUGUGUUUUUGUUGUUUUUGGUUUUGGGGUUUUUUUUUUUAAGAGAGAGAGAGAGAAAAAAAAAAACAAAAUUGGAGAUUUCUUUAUUUAUAUCAACAGAAUGUACAACAGCUAUAUUUUUGUAUGACAGGAGUGUUUCAUUGAUCAGUACUUAACUUGAUGAAAUAAAAUGUAUACAAAAUCAG